AUGGAUGGGUUACCGCAAGGCCAGUCGGCCCCGACAACUCCAAGCUCCAAGUCGAUGAGCAAGCAGACCCUGGCUCAGUCCAAAACGGGCUACGGUCGCCAGGGCCUCUCCCGAGGACCGACUAUGAUGGUGCCCCGUCCACAGCGUUCGCGCUUUGCCGACCCACCUCGGAGGCAUUGUCAACCAGGUAGAGCCUCUCGAAACGGUGUGGCGUCUAUUAAACAGGUCUCGUUUUGCAACGAAAGCAUUGGAGUAUCCCAGCUAACGCAAGAUUCUACGAGCACGACGCCUCCUUCCUUUGGAGGAUAUCCUCCUUUUCAGCAAAGCUGGGCGUCUUCCUGCAACACGGCACAGCAAGAGCGGUCCGUGUCUUCCUAUACGUACUCCAGCAGUGCUUCGGUAACUGCAGGGCAAGGGAGGCCCAGCUUAUGUCCCGAAUCAUCGAAGAGCCUUCAUCAGUCGUCAUUGGUCUCUGUAGCGUGUUCAGAGAAGUCAAAGGGACUGUCGAGCGCUUCCCGUGCCGCCUGUAAUCGUAAUAUGCUGCGGUCUAUGCUCAAGCCCACAUUUGCCAUGAGCCGUGCGCUUGUUCAACGCCCCGCCCUGCUUCCAAUUCCUCACCAGCGUUCUCUCUCAACACAAGCAAGCAUUGCCAGUGCUCGACAAAUUUUGACACCAUCUGACAAAUCAAAUCAUGCAAAGGUCGGACCGCAUAUCGUUGCUCACGGCCAGUCUGUUAUCAAGAAGACUAGCUUAGAUGACGACGAAAAGCGCACUCCGAACAUCGGAGUCUCUCUCGAUACACAUCGACUUAUCAAGUCGAUUGUUUUCGAAGAAUUCAAAUCACACUUUUCGGAACGUGCCUUGCAAGUCGAUGAGAAAGAGAAUAGCAUUGCUAAAAAAUUGCUUGAAAUGCGCACAAUAGCGGAAUCGUACGCCGUUGCCACCAUACAGCACGGUGAGCGUGUCAAAUACCUCGACCAGAAGACCCAGGAAGUAGACGAGAAACUUUCAAAGGUCUCAAAUAUGCUUGGAAAGGCCAACGAAGCUCUUUCAACCGUCACUGACAUCGCCGAAUCAGCAAUUAUCAAGGUUGAGCUAGCUAGGGAUACGAUUGUGGCUUCGGCCUUACCCUUUGUGAAGAACGCCGUCUUCCAAAUGGCCGAAAGCCUUUUUCAGCGCAACCGAACUUCCUCCCUGACUAAUACGAGUCUAUCGUCCCUUUCUCAAUCCCAAGAAUCAGCUUUUGUUGAAGAAGAGAAUCCCGAGAAUCGCGUACCUCCCCCAAACAAAAUCACAAGGGGCAAUGGCGUGCUCAUUUCGAAGCACAAGCGCAAGCAGCCCGAUCCCAAGGUACUCGCGAAGGGAGCUAAAAAGCACCGCAAAUGGCCAAGUCUACCAGCGCGUAAGACCUCGACUGCGACAAAGAUAUGUGCCAAUGAAGUUGCUUGCUCUCCGUUCAAGCCACUCGACUUCGUCACUGUAGAAAAUUGCAAAGACGGCCAUCCUGUUACACCCUGCGGCAAAGGAAAGAUUGGCCACAUGAGCUGGUGGGAUGUAAAUUCGGACGAAGAAGAGCUUCAUUGGGGCAGCACUUCCACCAGUCCACUGUGCGUGUCAAAGACUGCCACCAAAAGCGGAUGCAAGCGUCGUUGUGCUGACCGAUCUAAUAGUAAAAAGCAUCGCAGCGCCUUCGGCAGUCGCAACACCGAAAUUUUGAACGACAUAGACGGCUUUCUCUAA